GGGUGGUCGAACGAAACAAGCCGAUUUAAACAUCCAACCAAUUAUCAAUUGUUAGAUUAAAAGGCAUCAAUCAUGUUACAAAUUGAACAGAAUAAUCUCUUGAUUCAAGAGACGUUGAAAGGACGUAUUUUUGCGGCCGAUGGAGCAGAACCAGGAGUGUACAAGUCUCUUGACCGUAUUAUUACCGACUUUGACUUCACCACGUAUCAUAUUUCUACCGUAGGAGAAGACAAACAUCUUCUUUUGAUAUCGGUAUACUUGAAGUGUUGGGAAGACUUGGUUAGAUAUGGAGUUGUGGAAUAUUUAGGGCUCAAAUAUUCUUCUUAUGGUGAUGUGUUGGCGGCAACUGGACCAGAUUCAGUGGAGAGUAAUUAUAAUUAUUCAUUUGUUUUGGAUUUAGAAGCUCUUUCAACCAAACCAGAGGAAUAUAAACUGGAAGUAGUUGAUGCUCUUUCAUUUUUGAAGCGUCAUUGUAUGGCAUCAGCAUUUGAACAAGCCUUUGCUCGUUAUGAUGAAUUGGCUUCUCAAUACGCCAACCAAAACACCUAUGCGGAAGAAAUCCAACAAGAAUUGAGUAACGAACCAGUCCUUGUGAUCAACUAUCGUGGAAGUGAUGAAAGCAUUUAUAUCAAGCCAUCAUUUGAUCGUGUCACAGUCAUUUUCCUGACAAUUUUCCAAGAUGAAACUGACAAGAUUUUCGGUAAGGUUUUCCUUCAAGAAUUCGUUGAUGCAAGAAAAAGAUCGGUUCAAACGGCUCCACAAGUGUUGUACUCUCAUAGAGAACCACCUUUGGAUAUCCAAAGCGUUGUCCCACGUGGACCCGGCGGUGCCGGCGCCGGUGGGGCAGCUAUCGAUAGCGACAAUAAGGGUUAUGUAACAUUUGUUCUUUUCCCUCGUCAUUUGGUUAAGGGAGACAGAAGAGACAAUUGUAUCACCCAUAUCCAAUUCUUCCGUAACUACUUCCAUUACCAUAUCAAGUGUUCCAAGGCCUACAUGCACUCUAGAAUGCGGUUCCGUGUGAAGGAAUUCUUAAAGAUUUUGAACCGUGCCAAGCCUGAAAAUGUUGAUGAAGAUGGUAAGUUGGUGGAAAACAGAAAGACUGCCAGUGGAAGAAGAUUUGAAGUUGGUGGUAGAUAAACAAGAGAUGAAUGGUAAAAAUGGCGAGGUGAAGAGAAUGUAGAAUGAUAGAUAGAUGUCAUGAAUACGAAGAAAAUUAAGAACAAUUGAAUGA